AUGGAUGGCGAGGCGGUCGGUCGGGGGAACCAGCAGGCGUCCGAGAAACGCUUCACGGACUCCCAGAAAGAACUGAGUUGCGCUGGAACGGGAAAUUCCAGCGCCCAGAGAGCAAGUGAAAAUGGGAACCUUCCCAAGAACGUGCAGAACUUAUUCCUUCAGCCCGCAUUUACUGACCAAAAAGAAUACAGACCGAACAGAACCUCCUCUCCACCAUUACGGCGGUCUCAAGGGUCAUGGUGGAUGAUGGCGCCUCGCCGCACGAGCACCACCACAGAAGGUUUGUUCGGUUACGACACAGACACACACACACACACAUACAACUCGCCCUCUUCAUCCUCCAUUCCAGUCGGUGUCAUUGGGCCUUCUGGAUCAAUCAAUCCUCCGAGGAAGCCUAUUCUUCGGCUGGACACCGUCUUCGAUGUCGGCUGUCUUGCUUGCCCUUUGGCGAUUCCCCCUUUUCUCUAUGCGGCAAUAGCCCAUGAAAGGGCAAUCGCGAUUAUCAAUAAUAGCGCAGAUCGCAAGGCUCAUCUAACCCAACCAGCCCCGGAGGCAAAACAUAGCGCCGGAGUUUGAGGCGAGUCUAGGCUUCCAAGCUCUGGAUGACAUCCACCGGUUGAGGUCCUUUCUUCCGCGAACCGAAAUGUCAGAUAUGAAACACGUUACCAAUUACCCUGCGAGACCCAACUGGUCAGGUAAGAAAGGGAGACGAUGAUGAUGAUAAGGUAUGGGUGGCAUUGUAGAUGUGUUCAACCGGCCUUUCUUGUCAUCGCUCUACUCGUCUGCGGUCUUCGCCGUGCAGUGUUAGUCUAUUUAGUAGUAGUUGGUGGUGAUGGUCUGGUGGCAAUAUGUCGUCGUGGCUGCUGUUGCGUUUCGGGCACCUUCAGACGACCGGAGAGGGCUUGCUGCAUGACAUGCGUUUUUCCAUCUGGUGGGAAGUAAAACUAAGAGAACUAACUCG